UUUCUGGCCGAGCUGAUGUGGCCGUGGCACAGCUCAGAAGCGACGCUCCGCCCACCCCGACGCGGUCGCUAUGGUAACCGGUCACCGCUUCUAUGGAGUGGCGUUUACUACAAAUUGCAAAUAAGAAAAUUCCAGAUUCCAUUCCAAGAUGGCCAAAUAGGAACAGCUCCAGCCUGCAGCUCCCAGCGUGAUUAAUGCAGAAGAUGGGUGAUUUCUGCAUUUCCAACUAAGCUGAAAAUGGCAAAAACAGGAGCAGAAGAUCACAGAGAAGCACUAUCUCAGUCUUCCUUAUCCCUCUUGCCUGAAGCAAUGGAAGUAUUACAGCAAAGUAGCCCUGAAGGCACUUUGGAUGGGAAUACUGUAAACCCAAUUUACAAAUAUAUUUUGAAUGAUUUACCAAGAGAGUUUAUGUCAUCCCAGGCAAAAGCAGUUAUUAAAACUACUGAUGAUUAUUUGCAGUCUCAGUUUGGCCCCAACAGACUUGUGCAUUCAGCAGCAGUAUCAGAAGGGUCAGGACUUCAAGAUUGCUCCACACAUCAAACAGCAUCAGAUCACAGCCAUGAUGAAAUAUCAGACCUAGAUAGCUACAAAUCAAACAGUAAAAACAAUUCUUGUUCUAUAUCAGCAUCCAAGAGAAACAGACCUGUCAGUGCUCCAGUGGGUCAACUGAGGGUUGCAGAGUUCUCUUCUUUAAAAUUUCAGUCAGCCCGGAAUUGGCAGAAAUUGUCUCAAAGACACAAACUUCAACCAAGAGUGAUUAAAGUAACAGCUUUCAAAAAUGGAUCUAGAACAGUCUUUGCCAGAGUUACUGUACCAACCAUCACCUUGCUGCUGGAAAAGUGCACAGAAAAGCUGAAUCUGAACAUGGCCGCAAGACGAGUGUUCUUGGCAGACGGCAAGGAAGCCCUCGAACCUGAAGUUAUACCCCAUGAAGCCGAUGUUUAUGUUUCAACGGGAGAGCCCUUUUUAAAUCCAUUCAAAAAAAUUAAAGACCAUCUGUUGUUAAUGAAGAAAGUAACUUGGACAAUGAAUGGGUUGAUGCUUCCUACUGAUAUCAAAAGACGGAAAACCAAGCCUGUUCUUUCUAUUAGAAUGAAGAAACUUACUGAGAGGACCUCAGUCCGAAUUCUAUUCUUUAAGAAUGGCAUGGGGCAGGAUGGGCAUGAGAUUACAGUGGGAAAAGAAACAAUGAAAAAGGUUUUAGAUACUUGCACAAUAAAAAUGAAUCUAAAUUUACCAGCCAGAUAUUUUUAUGAUUUGUAUGGCAGAAAAAUUGAAGAUAUUUCAAAAGUUCCUCUGCUUGAAAAAUGCCUGCAAAAUUCCAUCACACCUUUGCGAGGACCACUUUGGGUCUCUAAGGGAGAAGGUUUCAGCCCCUCAGGAGCUAAGAUGUACAUCCAAGGAGUUCUUUUGGCCCUGUACCAACGAUUAAAGUCUGCAAAAAAAUAUUAUAAACAGUUGAACCUGGUCAUGAAUGAACAGAAGGAGAAAAUUACAGAAAAAGUCAUUCUUUCAAUGACGGCAAAGGAACACCAUAAGGAACAGGAAGAAGUGAGCAGGCUGAUUGAUGAAUUGCAGACAGCUAUCAAAAGUAACAGAGGUCAUCUCUGUAAACUUGGCCCCCAAUUACAGGCUGAGCAGGAGCAAUUCUCCUCUUAUGUCUACCAACACAUUAAAAGCCUUCCAGCAAACACGCUUGUCCCAGGAGGCCUGCAGCUUAAGGUAUUUGAAAAUGGUAAAAACACUGGAGAGAUCUCUGUUGGUAUCAGUAAAAAAGAUUUGGGAUCGGAUAGCCCAAUUCAAACUGACCAUAUGAUGGAAAGAUUACUUCUCAAGAUUCAUCAAAGGCUUCAAGGUUCUUCCAUCAACCCACCAGGCCUCAAUUAUUCUUCAAUGCGGCUUUUUGAUGAGAAUGGCCAAGAAAUUAAGAAUCCACUUUUGCUGAAGAAUGAGCAAAAAAUUUGGGUCUCUUAUGGUAGAGCAUACAGAUCUCCACUAAAUCUUGCUUUGGGUUUGACCUUUGACCGAGUGAGUGCAUUUGCCAGAGGUGAUAUCAUGGUUGCAUAUAAGACCUUUUUGGAUCCUAAUGCUGUUCUGCUACCUGGAUGUGGCAAUUGGGAAGUUUGUGAGGGAUUUCCAAUUAAUUUCAACUGUACCAGUCAACAGAUACCUGACCAGUUUGAAAAGGUGGACUUGGAGAACCAUUUUCUACAGAACAAGGUAGAUCCCAAUAUUGUCCUUCAUGCCUCUGUUUCCAUUGGAAAGUGGAGUUUCUCAGGCAGUGAAGCAAGCAGCAGGAGUCAAAUAGCGCCAUCGAUCCUGUGGCCUGUAGCCAGUGUGUGGCUGAUCACCAAGACUGGAAUGAUCCUGAGCCGAGCGAUAACUCAGGGCUGCCUGGCUAUUGGUCAUCCUAUCAGAGUCAAGGCUGCUGAGGGAACAUCACUAGAAGGAUAUAAAUUAAUCUUACAGAAAAGACAUAGUGGAGAUGAAUCUCAGAAGUGGGUGUUUGGAACUGAUGGUUGCAUUUAUUCAAAGGCUUAUCCUCAGUUUGUUCUGACCUACCUAGAGGAGCUAAAUGCACAAGUAGAUGUGACCCAGACAGAGUAUCACAUUCACCAUGGUGCCUGGACCACAGCUCAUCAGGAACAUGGCAGAAACUUAGCAGAAGAGGUUCUGCAAGAAAGUGCCAGCAACCCUGGUCUGAAGCAACUGCCAGAACCCUCAGACACCCAUUUAAUGCCAGAAGGUUCUCUUGAGGAGACGGGGCAGCUGACAGUAGCACUGGUGAGGAAACUGGAAGAGAAACAUCCUAAGGCUUCUGCUCAGAGGUGGGCCAUAAAACAUGAAGGAACCAGUAAGCCAGGCCAGUGGAAACAUUCUAGAGUUGAAAAUCCUCUAUGGAACAAGCUUACCUACAUGUGGCCUGUCCUUCCCAGCGGCCAACUUAAUGAGGAGUUUGAUUGGCCAAUACAAGGACUGCUUGUUCCGAGCAGUCCUCCCAUGAAGAAACCCAUCUGUAAGACAGCAGAGCCAUAUGCCCCUGUGCGACUCAGAGUUUUGCAGAAUGGAGAGAAGAAUAAAAAUAGAUCCGUUACUAUCCUUGGUCCAGAUAUCUCACCUGGACGGAAAACGCAGUGCACUGAGAUUUUAAAUUUACCUUCUGCAGCUCGGAGAUUGUACAAUGAAAAGGGGAAGGAAAUAUUUGCCUUAAAAGACCUGCAAAGAGAUGAACUGGUGUAUGUUUCAUGUGGAGAACUCUGGAUCAAUCCUGACCUGUCCAUUGCUCAGCAAAAGAAACAAAUAUUCCUGAGGAACCUAGAAUCAGACAUUGCCAAAAUUCAAAUCUUCUGCAGCACACAUAAAAUAGAAGCUCUUGUUUUAGAAGUCCAAAGUGACAUUGUAUCUGGAAGCAAGCUUGCUGUGCAUAAACCUGUAGCAAUUUUUGGAGAAGAGAAGCAAGUUACAGAACCAGAAGAAAAGCAAAUGCAAGAAGAUCCUCUAACAACGGAAAAUGCUUCCAGUGAAAUUCUAGAUUCACACACAAGAGCUCAUCUUCGAAUGAAGGCUUGUCACACACUUCCCAGGUAUGCCUGGCAGGAAACUUCACAUGACUUUGAUGAGGAUGACAGUCUUCCAAAGAAAACGGAAAAAGGGCUCUUUGAAAAUGUGGAACCACAGAAGAAACACAGCUGUUCACCAAAGCAUAGUAAAUUGCACAAGAAUUGCCAUCAGCAGUUCGAAUACAGAGAUGGGCAGAUUAUAAGCCAUGCUGCUCCUCAGCUAGUCUUGGGGGUUCAAGGUCCCAAUCUCCGAUCAGGCAUGGAGGUGGUUUUGGUGGAGAAGAAAUCUGAUGGUAGUCAUCAGCGCUGGAUACACCAGGAAGACAGCAGGACCUUUCACCUUGUGAGUAACCCUGACCUUGUGCUGGCAGUGUCUAUGACCAAGACUAGAAAUGAAGUUUGUGGCUAUCCAGUUAUUGUUCAGAAAUAUAAGCCGUACAACAAUGGAGCUGCCAAUCAAAAGUGGCAUUACAUGAAAAAUAUAAAAGCACUUGUGGCCUUUCAUAGCACUGCCUUGGAUAAGGAAAUUACAUCAGCAAAUUAUGCUGGUGUCUGUACAUCAUCUGUGAUUAAAGAAGAAAACAUUGAUCAACCAGGAUACUGUUACCUCUCACCUGAUGGAAAGAGAAAAACUAUGCUCUGCUUGGCUUGUGGACAAUCCAUGAGAACAGAGAAAGGACUGAAACAAUUGCUUCCAGGGGUUCCAUUCCUCUGUAUUUCAGGCACCAAGACUCAGAAGCCCUUCUUACAAGGGCCCUUCAAGGUCAUCAGUGUGGCUGAGGUUGAUUUGUCGUGUGACAAGGCUGAAAAAACUCUAAGUUACUACCAAGCACGUCUGUUGUCUUUACGGAUGAAGACCUGCACGCAAGCUGCAUCUCACAGUGGCAUGGCAGCCACACACCAGAAGGCAGUGAAAAUAAUUGCAUACAAAAAUGGGGAUGGAUAUCGUAAUGGGAAGUUAAUUGUGGCUGGAACAUUCCCCAUGCUUCUUACAGAAUGCACGGAACAACUUGGGCUUACCAGAGCAGCCUCCAAAGUAUAUACCAAAGAUGGAACCCCAAUCUUUACCUUGCGUGAUUUGGUUUUAUGGGCUCUAGAUGAAUCCUUUCUCCAAAGAGACUCUGAGAAACAAAAGCAAGAUGCAGCUCCUGUUGGAAAAGAACAGAUAAUUGUUGAAAGUAUGGAAGAAAAUCCAAGAAUGAAAGUGAAAAACAGAUUAUUUGCAAAAUCUGUGACAUCCGAUAGUUUGGAUGGUAUAGACAAGUCUUUGCUUACCCUCAUCCUCAGAAAUCCUAUUGCCAUCUGGGUGUCUUGUGGUGAACCAUUUCUACCUCCAAACGCUUUGCAGAAAGCAGAAAAAUUAGAGAAACAGAACUGGCUAAAAAAGGACAGAAUUUUGGCUGAUCUAGAUACCAUGAGACACAAAAUGAGACAGUUAAAAGGGCGGCGAGUAGCGGCAUGUCAGCCAGCCACCAUGGUUCCUACCAAGAGCCCUGUGCAGCCCGUGGUGGUUGAAGGAGGCUGGACCGAACAGACUCAACAGGAAAUUAAACUCAUGGAACUUAUAAGACAUACAGAGGCACACCUUUCUGAAAUCCAAGAAAUGGAAUCCAAAAUAAAUUUUCCAAUUGCAACCAAACGUAUAGCAGUCAAGCCGAGCAACCUGUAUAAGCAGCCCAACACAAAACGAGUGUGGAUUUAUCUAAAUGGAGGCAGACCUGAAGAUGGCACUUAUGCCUGGGGCAAAACUAUUUCAGAGCUGCUGCAAGACUGCUCCUCUCGUCUCAAAAUGACCCACCCAGCUAGAGCACUGUACACCCCCAAUGGAGAGCCAAUUCAGUCCUGGGACGACAUAGAGCGAGAUAUGGUCAUCUGUGUGUCUAUGGGACAUGGUUUCAAAACCCCGAAAGAGUUAAAACAACUGAUGGAGAUCAGAGCAAAUUAUGCCAGAAUCCGAAGGCAGCAGGGCCCUCAAGCCACAGACAUUGUGGUGUCACCAUCCACGAAGCUGCUGUCUCUGGCACAUCUCCACAAUUAACUCCAAUCAGAACCAUCGGAUUUUCUGCUGAAUUUUUCUGGAAAGAAAACUUUCUUUACCCACUUAUAAACAGAAGACUGUGACAAGAAGGCCAAUUAUUUCCAUCACUGAAGACUCUAAAUUUGGCAAAUCUUCUAAAUAACAAGUCCUGCAUAGUUUAUUAAAAAAAAAUUAGUCGUAAAAUUUAUCCUUCAAAAAUCUGCAUUUUAAAUAAACUCUGACAGUGAUUUCUCAAGACUGUAAAGAUAUUAGUCUGAGAAUGCAACUCUAACAGACUGCUCUGGGCAUCUUUUCUCUUUGCCUUGGCCAGACCUCUCAGAAUUGAGUUAGCGUGUGACUCCAUUUGCACAGUGGGACAGAUGAGUACAACUGAAAUAAAAAGUGGAGGCCUCUGCAAAAAAUAAAAAAUAAAAAAAAAACUUAUCUUUCAAAAUAACUCAGUUUUUUCAAUGGGCCUAUUUUGAAGAAUGAACAUUGAAAAAUGAGACAAUAUAUCCAUAAAUUCAUAGUAUGACAUACCAUAAUUGAGAGCAUUGUUAGCCAUAGACAUUUUGUAUGCCAGUGAAAUCUGUAUACAUUCUCUAAAUUUUUCCAGUUUAUCGUGUGGCUUAUUGGAAAAAAAAAGCAUAUAUAUUGAAUGCAUGUUUUGUCUCCCCAACUAAAUGAUAAGUGCCUAGAGGGCAGGAAGACCCUUGGUUUUAUUUACUUGGGACAGAGCUCUACCCACAAGGGCUCACUGAUAAAACUCAUCAGUCCCAGCCCACAGCAACGUGAUGGGGACAUGAGGUUCAGUUCUUCUACUCUUGGCCUGAGCCGCAAACCAAAAUUACAACAGUACAAUGGGAAUAGAGGAUCUGCUUUAUAGAAUUUCCUUUCAGUCAGCUGCUCAGAAACUACAAUCCUCAGAGUGAAAUUAAAUGGAGUUAUACUGGGAUAGUCCUCUCUGCUUUUCAGAGGCAAGAAACACUUCUCGAAAUUGUGCAAAUGAAAGAAAUGUCAUGGUAUAAACUAGACAUCUUAUAUCCUUAAAAUAUAUCUUUGAUGAUUAUACAUAUUGGUUUCAAAUCCCAAGUUUGAAGAAACAUCCAAAAGUUAUGUGAAAUUACUUACAGAUGAAUUGACAACAUUUGAGACUUCGACAGACAAUCAUGAAGCAGUUCUCAAGUUGAUUUGGUUUAUAUAGCUCUUUAAGAAUCUUUUGGAAAGCCAUAAUCUCACAAAAUACACAUAUGCAAUUUUUUUUUUUUUUUGAGAUGGAGUCUCACUCUGUUGCCCAGUCUGGAGUUCAGUGGCGUGAUCUCAGCUCACUACAAGCUCCCCUUCCCAGGUUCAAGCAAUUCUCCUGUCUCAGCCUCCUGAGUAGCUGGGACUACAGGCGCCUGCCACCACACCCAGCUAACUUUUGUAUUUUUAGUAGAGAUGGGGUUUCACCUUGUUGGUCAGGCUGGUCUCAAACUCCUGACCUCGGGUGAUCCACUCGCCUCUGCCUCCCAAAGUGCUGGGAUUACAGGCGUGAGCCACCACACCCAGCCCAAAAAAUGUUUGUUCACAGAACUGUGGAUGUUUGUCACAGAACUUUCCAAAUAAAGAAGUUCUGAUAAAAGAGAAGAUAUUUCUCAUUUCCAUAAUCUUUAAGGUGUGGGGGAUACGUAAUCUGGACUUCUCAAAUGGAUGAUUUCUAAAUACGCGUCAGAUGAAGUGAUUCUAACUUUCUCUGUAGUAAUAUCUUAUUUUGUUUUAUUCAAAAACAAUAAACCAUGUAGAUUUAUUAGCA